AUGCCAGCCGCUUCUACCACAUUAUCAACCGCUAGUUCCCAACAACCUGGAACUAAAGCGACAAACAAUAGUUCUUUAUCUAAUCCUCCUAAAAAAAAAACAAAAUGGCUUUUCAUAUCGGCGGCAAUAUCAAAAAAGCCGAUGGAUGCUGCUUCAAAAGCUAAUGAUAUAUCUAAUAACAACCAUCAUUUAAACAAUGACAAGACAACGCGUCAUUUUCAUGAUUCUAAACUAGACCUUUCUAAACCUAGUAAAGUUAUUUGUUCUCGGUUCAAUUCUAGUUCUAGUAAAUUAUCUUGUAACUCCUGUGUUACUGAUAAUACCGAUACCGAUAAUACUCCUUCGUCACCUACAAACUCUCUUCAGUCCCUGAGUGAUGACAUAGAAAUGAUACUUGAUGAUGACAGUCAAGAAACUGAUGAAGAACCAUUCGAUACAACCAUCGAUACUCCUCAAUCAUCACAAUAUCAUGCAAAUAAGUCAAUACUAUCUACUAAAACAAAAUCUAGAUCUUCUUCUGUCACUUGGGUGGAAGACUUAACUGAUCCUACUUUUUCACCCAUUUCAACUGUGCCUCCUCAACCCUCAAAUAUCUCAAAUAUUACGACUAAUGACAUUGAUUCAUCUCAGUUAAAUGAUACUAAUCAGUGUGGUACUCCAUCGUCAACACAACCCUAUACUACUAGUAAAUUAUCAGGAUUUAAAAUUUUACAUCACAAGAUGACCAAGAAAAAAGAUGUUGAAAAAAGUCAAGAUAACAUUUCCACCAACAAAUUCAUGAAUUCAUUGAAUCGAUUACGUAACCGACGGUCAAAAUCAUUUAAUGAUUUGUUAAAUAAAGAAAAUGGUCGAGUUGUUGAUGAAUCUAUUAAAGAUUCUUCAUCAAAGAAAAAUAUUAUUGAAACUACAACAACAACUUCUUCUAAACGUAAAAAACUUGGUUCUAUGGAAUUUAGAUCUAUAUCAUUACCUGAUUCAUCUUUAAAAGAGAUUCCUAUCACUUCAGAACUCAAUCAUGAUUCUUCGGUGUCGGAUGAUGAAAUAAGAUGUGAAUCACCUGUCUCUGAUUCACCGAAUAAUAAUAUUACUUUUCUAAGUAAAAGAUGUUCUUUAAAUGAAUUUAAUAAUGAUAUUAGGCGUAGUUGGUCUCAUAUAGAAGUACGGCAUCUUAAAAACAUAUUUUCAAGAAAACGUGCUAUUCUUGAUGGGAAACGACGAAACUCCUAUGCUUAUACAAAUUCUUUAAAAACAAAUCAACAAAUUGCUGCCGAAUCUGAAAUUCGCCUUUUAAAUCAUUUUCAUAAAACAAGGAAUUCUAAUGUGAGUGUUGAUAGUGCUAUAGUUAUAAAAGAUCCUCCUAUCGUAACUUCACCUGUCCUUCAAGUUGAUGAAGAAAAAGAAAUUGAUGUUACGGCUAAAUCAAAACAAAUGAGAAAAUUCAUUGCUGGUGAAAUUUAUUCUACUGAACAAAGUUAUUUAGGUCAUUUAAAUGAUUUAAAAAAGAUAUUCAUGGAUCCAUUUAUCGAUGCGGCUCAAUUACCUAAUCCGUUAGUUAAUCCUGAUGACAUUGAAACAAUCUUUGCUCAUAUAAAUGACCUUAUAGUAUUAUCUACUAUAAUUGUAGAAGAUCUUGAAAGUAGCAUGGAUCCAUGGCAAGAAUCUGAGUCAAUGGUUGGCGAAGUAUUUUUAAAGUAUAGACCUUAUUUUGAAAGAUUAUUAUUGUAUGCAGAAAAUCAUCAACAAAGUAGAAUGGCAAUUAAACGAGCAAAUGAAAAUGUUUUAUGUCGAAAGUUUAUGCAGUUAAAGAAAUAUACACCGGAAUUCCAUAUGGACUAUGACGAUCUAUGUCAUGCAGUUGAUAAUAUGAAAACUCUUGCUCUUGAAUGCGAUAAAACUAUUCAACAACUGUGA